UGCUGACAGAUUUUUAAGAUUUUUCUAUUUUUAUUAGAGGCCUACGGAAAGAGUUCGGAAAGAAGGGUUUUUCGCUUCCAUUUGAAGGAUUGAUUAUGCACUUUUGGAUUUUCGUCCAGAAUUGAAGCUGUGCUUGGUGUGUAAGUGAUGUGCAGAUAAUCUCUUUUUUUUUCCUGCUCGUGAGGAACCAGUUCUAAUAGAAAAUACCUGAAGCUAAUUGGAGUUGGAUUGGCAUUUCACUGGGAUAUAAGUGGAAACGUUUUGAUGUGAGCAGCGUCCAGAGUUGCAGCUGGGCUGCAAGAUUUCCUCAAACCUUUCUUUGCACCGCUCUCAUCUCUCAGGAGUGGAAUACUGUCAUGACUUCCCCUCUGAUGGGAUCUUUAAGCUAUCUAUUUACUUGACUCCAGGAGACCCAAAUUAGGCAUUACUUGUGCACAUAAAAACAAAUUCAAGAGUUGUCUGCUUCGUGAGGACCGACUCUUCCUGGGCACGUCGAAUACUUAUGUAUUGUUGCAGUGCGCAAGAAAGUAAAAUGGACUACAAGCUGCGCUUUUUGCUUGGCGGGUCCAAGCACAAAGUGCAGCAGCACCAGCAGUUCCAGUUGCCCGAACUCAGCCGGACCCUCAGCGCCCCAUUGGGCACAUCUUGCUCCACCCCUUCUCCAAUGGCAGCGAUAGGCUCCUCCCCUUCUGGCUGUCAUGCCCCGCCCCCAGGCGCUACAACUGCGAUCGCGGACAUCCAACAGGGCAUCUCCAAAUACCUGGACGCGUUGAACGCGUUCUGCCGUGCGAGUGCGUUCCUGACCGAGCUCUUUGGCAGCGUGUUUCGGGACUCCCGUUACUCCAAAGCGGCUAUGCAACUGAAGGACGUGCAGGAACAUGUCAUGGAAACGACCAGCCGGCUCACCACAGCAAUAAAGCCCGAGAUCGGCAAAAUGCUGAUGGAGCUCAGCGCAGGCGCGGCUAACUUUAAAGACCAGAACGACUUCAGCCUGCAGGACGUGGAGGUGCUGGGCCGCUGCUUCCUGACGGUCAUGCAGGUGCAUUUUCAGUUCCUGUCGCAGGCAUUGCAGAAAGUCCAGCCGGUGGCACAGUCCUGCCUGGCGGAGGCGCUGGCACAGGUUCAGGAGAGACGUGGGAAUGCCCACACGCAGAACACAAACCCCGGGCCCCUGACGGAGCUGGAGGAAGCCAUCCGCUCAUGGAGAGGAGCAUCAGAGGUGACGGCGUGUCUCAGGGAGAGAGGGAGAGACUGCUGUCUGUCUGGCAUUCAGGUACAGCAGCUCUUCUGCUCUCAGAACACCUCCAUACCUGAACACCAGCUCAAAGAGCUCAACGCCAAGAUCGACAACGCUCUACAGGCGUAUAAAGUGGCGUUAGACUCUUUGGGUCACAGUGAAUACGCGCUGAAGGCCGGAUUUCACCUUAAUCCCAAAUCAGUGGAAGCAGCUUUGCAGGGCUGUUGCAGUGACGCUGAAGCCCAGCAGGCCGGACGCUUUCACACCACGUCUCAGCCAAUCCAGUGUGAAUUACCCACAAUUCCUGUCCAGAUCGGCUCUCAUCUCCUCCGAGGAGUUUCCUUCAACGAAAGUGCAUCAGAUAACCUCAAGCUUAAAACGCAUGCCGUGCUGCAGCUGAUCAAAGAUGCGCUGGACCAGAACGGCGUGGCGGUGCGGGACGACUCCCCCGUCACUGAGGUCCUGAACCAGGUGUGUCCCUCCAGCUGGAGAGGAGCCUGUAAGACCGCAGUGCAGCUGCUGUUCGGACAGGCGGGACUGGUUGUGGUUGACACGGCUCAGAUUGAGAAUAAGGAAGCUUACGCCCCUCAGAUCUGUCUUGAAGGAUCUAAAGUUGUGAUCCAGGUUCCUUCCACAUGGUGUCUGAAGGAGGAUCCGGCCACGAUGUCUCUGCUGCAGCGCAGUCUGGAUCCAGAGAAGACCCUCGGCCUGGUGGACGUGCUUUACACGGCUGUGUUCGACCUCCACCGCUGGAAGGAGCGCAAGGAACAGACUUUGCCCACCAUUCAGAUCCAGCUUCAACGAGACACGACCGAUUACGGCGGCCCUAUCGAUCUCCCUCCCGGGAACAGCACCAAAUCCUCCAGCGGCCUCCCCAAAACCAUCUCCAAACUCACCUCACGCUUCACCAAGAAAACCUCGUCCAACUCCAGCGCUGGCGGCAGUUACUCGAUCCCAAACACCCCGUCUCGCAGCAGCACCAACUCCGACGACAAAACCGCACGCCUGCACAGCAUCCUUCAGAUGAGCAGCAUGCCCUGCACCCCCGACCCGAGCCACACACACAUCGCCAACGGUGCAGACGAGCAGGGCAUGAACCUUCCCACCGACCAGGAGAUGCAAGACGUCAUCGACUUCCUAUCAGGGUUCAACAUGGGAAAAUCCCAGCAGGCGUCUCCGUUAGUGAAGAGAAGGAACUCGGUUGCGUCGACAAAUGCGUCCGACUUGAAACCGCCAACCUCGCAAGUGUCUCAUAACGCCGUGCAGACGUUAGCGCAAACCUUACAGCAACAGACACAACAGCAACAGCAGCAGCAACUUCCUUCAACACCAAAACAACAGCAAACGCAGUCGCAGCCGCAGCCGACCCUGCCGUUCUACCAGCAUCUCUUGCAGCCGAUUGGUCAGCCUCAGCAACAGCAAGCCCCGGUUUCUCCACAGAUUUCUUCCCAGCAGCCCCCGCAGCCGAGAGCUCCCAGUAAGUGGCCCCAAGGUCCGCUGGGCGGCCUGUCACCGAUCGGGCCCUUGACGCAGUGGCCCGCUCCGGGUCUGCCCGACCUCAGCUCUGACCUCUACAGUCUCGGGCUGGUCAGCACAUACAUGGACAGCGUCAUGUCGGAGAUGCUCGGACACAAGCCCCCGCAGGGACCGCGGAACAACACCUGGCCCAACCGAGACCAGAGCGAGCAGAGUCUGUUCGGGGUGCUGGGAGACUCCAUGCCCUUUGACCCUGCAGUGGGCUCGGAUCCAGAGUUUGCUCGUUAUGUUGCCGGGGUCAAUCAGGCCAUGCAGCAGAAACGCCAGGCUCAACAUGUCCGCCGUCCCAGCAACCCCCGCAGUAACUGGCCCCACCCUGAGGAGCAGCACAGGGGCUGGGCACACCCCGAAUACUACAGCGAAGGGGAGGCGGUCAACAGCGGCUGGUCAGCCAAUCAGGGGGAUUCAGCCAGUUCGAGUGACGAGACCUCCUCGGCCAAUGGGGACAGUCUGUUCUCCAUGUUCUCUGGGCCGGACCUGGUGGCGGCUGUCAAACAAAGACGGAAACACAGCUGUGGUGAACAGGAAGUGUGUACUCUGCCCUCUCCUCCACUGCACCACACCAGUGACGACAGUAACCAGGACAGCAAAACUAAAACAUGGCCUCCUAAAGCCCCGUGGCAGCACUCCUCCUCACACACCAACACCAUGCCCAAUCCCAGCUCUUCCCUCUACCAGAUGAACAUCCCCUCCAGCCAAUGGGGCGACUCCAUGCAAAUGCUGCAGUCUCCGGUGUGGUCGACAGCCAAUGACUGCCCUCCAUCCUCCGGGAUCUCUUCCGGCUUCCCGUUCACACCACAACAACAACAACAACAACAGCAACAGGUUUCCCAGCACAAGAUCCUGAGCAAAGGCUUCAAAACCUUCCCGCUCAAACCCGAGCAUCGACCCUCAUACCUACACCAGUACUGAGCUGGACCCGUGCUGGGAGAGGUCGAACCGAUGA